UCAGUGUGCUGCUUCCACCGGUGUGGUAGCCGACCUGCCACCAACCCAGCUGUACGUCUCUCUGUCUCCGGACUAAAACUGCUAAAAGGUACUCUUCAUAUAGCCUACAUUACAGAGUGACUGGAUGUAUUGAGUCUGAAAUACUCGGCGGAUUUAUUGGACAGAAUUUUGGGAAAACAGAAAAGGAAAACGCACCUUUGCCUCAGUGUUGGAGAAAGCAAAGGUGUUUUCAGGCCAGGACGCCUUCUGAACCGGUUGAACGAGACUGAGAAAUCACAGUGGGACUAAAAAAAACUAAGGGUUGCCUAUAGAAUGCAAAUGUAAACCUUAUUAUUAGUCUAGGGGGGACGCUCUCACAGCAAGGCUGCAACUCAUAGCUGGUCAGGUGUCGGGAUUAUACAUCUCUGGCAUUUUCCACGGAAUUCGUGUCAUGCGACAUUGAAGCUAUUUUCUUGACGCGUGGAAAAAACAGUCGCAUCUUGGAACUUGAUGCUUUCGGUCACGUAGAUACAGCUGAAAGCUGCGCAUCUCUUGACAUAAAAUGGGCAACAGUUUCUCUAACGUGUCAGCCUUCCAGUCUCUACAUAUUGUGAUGCUGGGUUUGGACUCUGCUGGAAAAACGACUGUCUUGUACCGUCUUAAAUUUAACGAAUUUGUGAACACCGUACCAACAAUUGGAUUUAACACAGAGAAGAUCAAAUUGAGCAAUGGUACGGCUAAAGGUAUCAGUUGUCAUUUUUGGGACGUCGGUGGGCAGGAGAAGCUGCGGCCCUUGUGGAAAUCCUACAGUCGGUGCACGGACGGCAUCAUAUAUGUUGUCGACUCGGUAGAUGUGGACCGACUUGAGGAGGCUAAGACGGAGCUUCACAAAGUCACCAAAUUUGCGGAAAACCAAGGUACGCCACUGCUGGUAAUUGCUAACAAGCAGGACCUGCCCAAGUCUCUUCCCGUGGCUGACAUUGAGAAACAACUGGCCCUCCACGAGCUCACGCCAUCAACAACAUAUCACGUUCAACCCGCCUGUGCAAUUAUUGGAGAGGGACUUCACGAGGGCAUGGAUAAACUUUAUGAAAUGAUUUUAAAGCGACGGAAAUCGCUGAAGCAAAAAAAGAAGCGGUAGGCCUGCUAUGGUCCAUGGAACCGUUUCUAGCACAGUUAUAUGUGACAUUGUUUUUUGGUAUAUUUACCAGUUCUUUGUUGCACCGUUUACAUUAUUAAUUUGAAGUGUUUUCAAAUUGUUCUCAUUUGGAAUAUGUUUGAAAUUGAAGCGUAAAACAUGCCUAACGUGUUUUUUUUUUAACACAACACCUCCACCAUGGGACAGGUGGUUUGAUGUGUUGAACCAAAAACUUGAGUGAUACGAGUUAGAACAAAACAAACGCCAAGAACGGGCUGGCCCGUUAUUUGCUGCUUUCAACGGAUUUUCAAACCGGAUGGUGUAUGGAAGGAGUUGAGCACUGUGAGGAUUUUGGACACACUGCAGUUGACAAUACGGAAUGCCCGUUUUCACAACCAUUUUCUCAUAGGCAUGUAAGAUUGGAUGUGGACCAUGUGUUGAAGGAAUCUCAUGCCUGCUGCCAAUGUUCAUGAAAUCACAACAAUAUUAAACAUUGAGAUUCGAGGAACUAUUGAAGUGUGGACACCACUCCAGCUCGACCACCAUGACAUGAUACUGUAGAAAUGUUGCCUCUGUCUCAAAUGGACUCAGUGCAGGUUUUCACUUUGUUCCUGGAGACAUUGUAGCCCUACAUCAUGUGGCGUGGACUGUCCCUAGAUUUGCCUGCAAGAUGGUCCACCACUACUGAGCACUUUUAAUUUCUUACCAAAAUAUUAGAGUGAAACACUGUAUAGCAAAACCGAUGAUGAUCGUGUAUUGAAAAAAAACAUGAUUACUGAAGUAUUUUUAUUAUUAAAAUGUUUGAAACAAUA